AUGAAACUGCGCCGAUUCCGCGCGCAAGAGGCAUCAGCCGUACCAUGCUCUGCACCAGGGACCCUGGCAGAGCAGAGGAUGCUGACGUCACCGAUGAACCAGGUGAGCCUUCUUGCGCGGACGGACACGCAGCAGCCACAGACGCAGCCGGGAGCCGGGUUCUUCUCACGCACCAACCGGCGGCCCGCAUCGCUGCAAGAACUGGACGAACAGGUGGCUGACUUGCGGCAGGAGCUGCGAUUCUCUAGCUCCGUCCCAAUCAGUCACUGGAUCCGGUGUGCGGAUGUGCUCAAGCGUCGGGCUGAUCAGCAUCACCAUGCGAGUGAUCUGGAAGGCCAAUACCUAUGUCUGGCCAAGUGCGAAAAAAUCCUCGCUGAGCUGAUUCCCCACGAGCAUACGGCAUGGCACAAAUUGGACAGCAAGAAUGCCGUGGCUAUCCACAGUCUAGUGUCACUCACUCGAGAUGCCUUGCUCGAUGCUCGCGGCGAGGCGCGGUCGUCUGCGUCGUCCGCGUCGUCCGCCCAAUACAAACCCCCGCUGUCGCCGUCGGCCCUGGCUGGCACGCCGAGCCGCUCGUCAUUCCGCCGGAACUCAUCCACCAGGAAACGCGUUUCAUUCGCAGAAGAGUCCGUCUCGUCACCUUCAAUGAACCGUACGACGCCGCGGUCUGGGUGGUCGUUGCGCUCGAUCCUUCCAUGGCACCGGCCGUCGCUCUCGGCAACUUCAUCGAGUGACAAGCCAGCACCAGCGGUGGUAACGACGCUCUCAUCGCGGCCGGCUGGCCUUCCUCUGUCGACGCCUGAUGCUUGGGCCUCGAGCGCUGCAGAGCCUGCAGUACCCGCAACGUCGACAUCCGCGUCGGGCUAUGUGGCAGCGGAUCCCAAGCGUUUCUCACGCCCGCACGCCUCGCAUGUCAAGCACACAGCACAGGCGAGAGCGUCAGCGUCCACCGCUCGUCCACCCACGCAGCCAGACACUCGACCAGCAUCGUACGCCGCACUACAUCCGGCACCGAUGCCCACGUACCCGCCAAGUGUUGAAGCAGGACCAAGUCGCGCUGCUGCGCCACCACCGGUUGACGGGCGGCCACGACAAGAUCCACGCCGAUCCAUGUCGCCCACCGAUGCGGCCGUUGGCAGACGCGGCACUACGUACUCUACGACAGCGCAGCACAAGCCGACACCGGUCCCGGCCACAGUGACGCGACGCGCUUCGCGCACCGCCUCGCGAGCCGUGUCGCCGCCGCUCUCAGUUUCCCCAUCGCCGCCCACUCUGUCGCCGUCGACGAGUCGUGCAUCGUCUCCCACGGGCUUUGCCAGGCGAUCAACAUACCUUUCCACCUCUAUACCUUCGAUACCUCAGGCGCCUAUACCAACAUCCUCACCGCCGCGUACAUCAUCAUCUGCCGCGCCUAUCGCGAGUCUCUCUCGCUCGCCACCGUCGGUGCGGCGCCGAUCUAGUGAGCGCCGCUUUCUUACAUCUGACCGACCCGCGUCGCUCGUCGUUCGUCCUUCCACAUCAUUGCUAGGCAUGCCAGCGUCGUCCCGUGCACCGGCAGGAAAAGAACGCUUGGCGUCCGUGGCCGAUACCGAGCAGGAGUAUGAGCGGCGAACUCCUGCGCGUACGAGUACCGAGGCUGUACGACAUCGAGAUCAAGAUCGUGAUUAUGAUCGCGAUCGCGACCGCGACCGCGACCGCGAAGUGCAUGCGCGCGCGCGCGCGCAUAUGCCGCUACAGCGCCGCGCAUCGAAACCACACGGGCCGCGCCCAUCGUCCGUGGAUAUCCGCACAAAUCUGGCAGGCUGGGCACGCUUGCCAGAAGUGCAGAGCUCACCACCAUUGACGAGCUUGGAUCUGUUUAUGCUGCCGAGCGAGGAGCUCGGCGAAGUUGCUGCGCAGUCCCGCACAUCCGCUGCUAGUGGUGCUACGGCUGCUACGGACGGCAAACAGGCACGGUGUCCUACGACAGAGGCUGGCGACGUACUGCGGCAAGUUGUGCUGCCUGGCACGCUCCCGACGCGCUUCCUUGCACAUGCACAGGCGAAUACCAAAGCAGAGCGCGAGACGUGUGGCUAUUUGCUGGGCCAUCGGAGGUUCGACGCUUUGUGUGUGACACAUCUUGUCAUUCCCGAGCAGACCGGCACCAACUACAGCUGCCAGGCAUAUGGCGAAGAACAGCUGCUCGCAUACCAGAUCCAGCACGAUUUGCUCACUAUAGGCUGGAUCCACACGCAUCCAACACAGACGUGCUUCCUGUCGUCGCUCGACUUGCACACUCAUUCUGGCUACCAGGCGCUCCUGCCCGAGGCCGUUGCCGUCGUCUGUGCGCCACGUGAGCAGCCGAGUGUGGGUGUGUUCCGACUCACCCAGCCGCCGGGCCUGCAGUACAUACUACAAUGCAAGGAUCCGGAGCCGUUCCAUGCGCACGCGGAUCAGGACGCCACGUCAACGCCCUUGUACACGGAUGCGACGCAUGGGCAUGUGGUGUGGAAGGAGCAGGCGCCUCUGACGAUCGAAGACUGGCGCUCUUCACACCCCGCAUGCCCGUCGCCAUGA